GGGGAUGCCGCCGGAGUCGCGCAGUUGGUCCGUGUCGGCGACAUGACGCGCCUCGCGGGGGCAGUGUGCUGGGCCGCGGCGGUGCUGGCCCUGGCCGCCGCGCGCGCCGACGCAGAGGCCGCGAGGCCCGCCCCCAAGCAGCCGUGGAACGCCACGUGGACGGACAAGCUGAAGCGCGACCUGCUGAGGAACUACGACAAGUUCGCGCGCCCGGCGGCGCACAACACCACCACCACGGUCAGCCUGCGCAUCACCUUCCGCCAUAUCGAGAUGGACGAGCUCAAGUCGAUAAUGACUGUCCACGGCUGGGUCAAAAUGGGGUGGACGGACGAGAAGCUCAAGUGGAACGAGAGCGAGUACGGGGGACUGUCCAUGCUGCACAUCGCGGACCACGAGAUCUGGCAGCCGGACAUCGUCCUCUACAACAGCGCGAUGGGCAGCACGGUGGACCACUACGGCAACACGCACUGCAUCGCCUACUCCAGCGGCUCCGUGCUGUGGGUGCCGCCGGCGCAGUUCCUCGUGUUCUGCGACCUCAACCUGCGGCUGUGGCCCUUCGACACGCAGGCGUGCUACCUGCGGCUCGGCUCCUGGACCUACGACGGCAACGCCAUCGACCUGCAGAUCGACGAUCUCGGCUCGGAAAUCGAGCUGAUGGAGGAGAACUCGGAGUGGGAGCUGGUGGACGUGGAGGAGAGCGUCAACCUCAAGAUGUACGACUGCUGCACGGAGCCCUACCCGGACAUCAUCUACAACGUGACCUUGAGGCGGCGCUCGCCCUCCUACAACGCGCUCAUCAUCACGCCGGCCAGCGUGAUCGUGCUGAUGACGCUGGCCAACUUCUGGCUGCCGCCGCAGGCCGGGGAGAAGAUCCUGCUGGGAGGCUGCACGGCCAUCAUCAUCUGCAUCUUCCUGCUGUACUUCUCCCAGAAGCUGCCCGCCAUGGCCAGCCACACGCCGCUCGUGGUGCUGUUCUACAGCAGCAGCCUGUACCUGGUGUGCCUGUCGCUGGUGGUGUCGGUGGUGGUGAUCAACCUGUCGAGGAGCCGCCACGCCGCGCCCUUGCCCUGGGUCGUCAAGAACGUGCUGACGGGCUGGCUGGGGCGCGCGCUCGGCCUGGGCCACAUCAUCGCGCAGGUGCACCACGUGAUGAUGUCCGGCCACGCGGAGGAGAUGCGCGAGCCGCAGCCCGCCGGCUUCGAGGAGCACGGCGACGACCGCCAGAUGAUCCCGCGCGAGAAGGCGGGCUGCCAGCACGACUGGGUGCUGCUGGCCGCCGCAGUAGACCGCCUGGCCUUCCUCGUCUACUGCCUGGUGUUCGUCGUGCUGGCCAUCGUGUACGCCGUGUAGCGGGGCCCCGUGAACACACUCGCCGUACUAACUCUGUUGGUUCGCGACAGCUCACACUCUGACCCAUUUGCUGCUUCGCAUACUUCGCGAAGCACUCGUUAAGAGGCCACUCCAGUGUUUCAGGGGCACUACGCAACCCGCGUUAACCGCAUAAGAUCAAAUGUUAUUUUCAUUUUGCUUAUAACUAAUUAACUAAUAUAGAUUUCGAAAUGAUGCUUGCUUGAUAUAUAAGACAACGAUGCUCUUAUCAAAGCCCCUUUCUUAAAAAACGUGCAAAAAUUAUGGUUUUAUAAUGAUCUUUACUGAUAUGCAUAAGUGUAUUGUCUAGGUUUGAACCAUAAUUUAUGCACAUUUUUGAAGAAAGGGGCUUUGAUAAGAGCAUCGUUGUCUUACAUAUCAAGCAAGCAUCAUUUCGAAAUCUAUAUUAGUUAAUAAGUUAUAAGCAAAAUGAAAAUAGCAUUGAAUCUUAUGAAGUUAACGUGGGUUGCGUAGUGCCCCUGAAACAUUGGAGUGGCCUCUUAAGUGACCAUCCAUAAACACCUUCGUAAAUCUCGUAGAGUGGCCACAAUUCUGUUUAGCGAAGCUUCACUGAAUGACCACUCAGAUACUUCGCAAAACACACGUUGUAACCAUGCGCUGCUGAUUUGCAAAGCCUCAUAUGUAUAGUGACCACACAGAUACUUCAAAGUUCAUUGUGAGACCACGCCAUUAUUAAAAAAGCUAUGCGACCAAAGAGUGGCCGAUUAAGUGGAUUUAUCGAGUCUCUUAAAAUUGUUUGCAAAUCGGGGUUUUUCAUAGUAUACUACAGUGUUAUUCGAAAUGUUUACCGAAAUAUACUAUAAUGUUUAACUAAUAAAGUAUAUUGCUAGUC